CUCCUAAAAAUCGCGUCUGCUUUGUCCUCUCUCUCUACAUAUAAUCUCUCACCCUCCAUCCCCAGCUCCUCUCUGAUACACAAUCAUUCUCUCUCUCCCUCUCUAUCGAAUGCUCUCGUCAGUAGGAACACAGUACCGGGCACCAAAAACUCUAGCAAUGAACAAUGGGUAAGACAACAAGGUGGUUCAAAGCUCUACUGGGCGCCAAAAAGUCACCCUCAGACUCGCCGGCGUCCAGUGUUUCAGAUUCCCGGCAAUCGAAGCAUAAGAAGAAGUGGGGUCCGUUCAAAUCGUCCAAUAGCAAUGUCAGUGGCCCUUGUGGGACCGGAGGGUCCUCCAUUGAGGUGUUGUCCUUGAGUCCGUACGUCGACGCUUUGGAUGCCAAUAAACAUGCGAUAGCUGUGGCGGCAGCGACGGCGGCUGUGGCUGAGGCCGCUCUAGCCGCUGCUCAGGCGGCGGCGGAAGUGGUGAGGCUGACGAGUGGUGGGACUGGUAGCAGAACCGCCUCGGCGUACGUUAGCGGCGGCUUUGACCGGUGGCGUGAAUUGGCGGCCGUUAAAAUUCAGUCGGCGUUUCGAGCUUAUCUGGCUAGGAGAGCACUGAGGGCACUCAAGGGGUUGGUGAAGCUUCAGGCUCUUGUGAGAGGCCGCAUUGUCAGAAAACAAAGUGCAGAUAUGCUCCGACGCAUGCAGGCAAUGGCGCGGAUCCAGGCCCAAGCCUGUGCAAAUCGAACUCACUUGUCAGAGUCCUCACAUGCUAGCAGGAGGUCCUCACAAUCCCAUCAUCAUGACCUAGCAGCUUCCCAGAAAUAUGACCACCAAUUUCGUUCAUAUGGUACCAAACUUGAUGGAUCCUCAAUGCUAAAGAGAUAUGGUUCAAAAUCAAGCAUCAAGGACAGUGUCGGCCUAUUGAGCUCUAAUUGGUUAGACUGUUGGAUGGAAGAAAAUUCAUGGAAUAUCCACAGAGACACUUCACCAAAGACUGGACGUAUUGAAGAUGAGAAGAGUGAUAAAAUCCUCGAAAUAGAUACUUGGAAGCCUCGCCUGAACUUGAAGCAAAGCGAAAGGGCCUCUCACACUUCGCAGUCCAUUCCAGCUUGGCAUCACAGUCAGCAAGAAUUUUUAAAAUUUGACACUCUAGCAAGGCAAUCAUCAAAGUCUCGUAAACCAAAUCCCGCUCGUCCUUCUGGCGAAAUGUCGUCUUUGAGGUCACUGAAAUUUCCUCUGGAAAUCGAUCAAGCAGCUGUAGGGAAUGCUGAAAACAGCCCACAAGUGCAUUCUGCAUUGUCUAGACCCGGGAGUAGCAGUAGGAGAGGACCUUUUACUCCGAGAAGUGAGUGCUCACGAAGUUUGUUUGGUGACUACCUGAGUCACCCGAACUACAUGGCUUACACAGAAUCAUCUCGGGCUAAAGUUAGGUCCCAUAGUGCCCCCAGGCAGAGAAUGCAGUUUGAAAAAACUGGUUCAACAAAGAGGUUUGUUCAUGGGUUUUCUGAUGCAGACACUAAUUCAGAUAGGGGUUCAACUUUGCAUGCUAACUUCAGGAACAAAGAUUCUCCAGGUUCCGGUCAUUUCAAUAGACUUGGAACACCCACCCAAGGUGCUACCACCGCUUAUAGUUCUACUUAUGGCAGCAAAAGCUAAAGCUGUGCUCUUCCAUUUCUCUUCGGUUGAUUCCAGGAGAUCGGGUUUUUGUUGUACAAAUGUGUGCUUGGAAAAAUUCCUUUUUGACAUCGUCAAUGUGGUGUAACAUCAUUGUUGCCAAAGAUGCGAAAUCAGUCCUCCUUUGGUUCCAAUGAAGAAGAGCUAUUGUUUGUGCUCAUCUGCUAUUGGGAAUUUUGUGUGUGUAUCUAUGUGUGUGAUUGUCUUCUAUUGGUGAUCCAUUGUUGCUUGUAAAUUAGUUUAUGUACAUGGCCAAACGAGUGAUUCGUCUUCUUCACAGUUCAGGUUUCAUUACAUCAAUGUAAUUGGGGAAUAUGCAUGUUCCCUUUUGUUUAUCAAACAAG